UUGAAGAGCGAGGAGGAGGAGUCCAGUGUGUCGCUUACCUCUGGUAUCUGUUUCCGCCCUGACACUCCGCGGCAGCGCGGCAGACGUCUGGCACCAGGGCAUUGGGCAGGGUCACGACGGCUCCUGCAUCGCACUCCUUUUCCUCAGCCGCGCCACAUUCACUCCCAAAACUUCGGCAUCAACAAGCACCCUGCUGCAGCAGACCACUUAUGGGGACGCACUUGCAGUAAAAACGACGCGGCAGAAAAGUAAACAUGAAUGCCUUUGCAUGUGUGAGCGUGUGUAGAUUCCUUUGACUUGACGCCGACCAUCAAGGAUCAGACUCUUUUCCUGGUUUCGCGCCUCAUCAGUAAGAUAUUACUGCUUUGUCAAUUGUUGCAUGCUGAGUGAAAAGACACCAUCCCUUUCACCUCUCCCCUCAACUCGGGCGCCGGUGCCAGCGUGCCGCAGAACGAUGUCCAACGAAGGAAGCUCUUCUCCCGACAGAGAGGACAGCCCUCACUCGUCCCCCACCGACUUGAUGACUUUAGCUAGGCAACGCCUCCGCAACAGAUGGUCCACGCCACCGUCCAGGGACAGCGAGGGGGACGAGGAGUACCAGCUGCGAUGGGAGGGUCACGGGAGCCAGCUGACCAACAUGGUGACCAGCCUGGAGGAUAACGAGGCCUCGUCCGACGUGACAGUGGUGACCAAGGGCGCCUCCAUCCCCUCCCACAGGCUGGUGCUCGCCGCGGCCAGCCCCUUCUUCUGCCAGAUUCUGCAGGGUCUGCCCACCAGCCAGCAUCCCGUGAUUGUCAUCAAGACGGCCCACCCUCGCCACCUCCGCUAUCUUGUGUCCUUCUGCUACACGGGCACCGUCACUCUGCACUCCCACGACUUGCAGCACGUUCUUCAGUUGGCAGAGGACUUGGAGAUUCGAGGCUUGAAGAUCACCCUCGCUGAAGGACGCAGCUCGCCCUCCCUCGCCACCCUCGCUGCCCUCCACCCGAGGCUGUUCCGUCCAAGCUCGCCCAUCACCAGAUUUUCCUUCCCUCAGCACCUGCAUCGCUCCUCCUCCGUCACGCCCACGCCUCAUGGAUGCUCUGAUGCUCCCGCCAACUUGAAAAGAAACAUGUCACCUUCAGACAAGGAAGGACAGAGCAAGAAGAUGAAGGUGGAACCCUUACCCAUGGAUAGCGAAAGGAGGCCCCACUCCAACCCCUCGCCUUAUUACAUCCCCCCAGCCUCAGCACCGCCCACCCUGGCAUCUUCUCUCUUCUUCAAGAGCACCCCUGGAAGCCCCCCUAAUUCCGCUCCGCCACAGAGCGUCGGGGAGUCUUUUUCUCUGCAAGGUUCAAGCCCUUCUGCAGAUGACAACAAAGACCAGGACUCACCAGGGCUGAGUAUAGUGCCAUCUUCUCGCCUGCUUCAACCGCCGUCACGCUCCUCCUCCCGCCCUCCCUCGCCCCAGCAGGACACGAUCUCCCGCAGUCAGUCUCCUGCUUCCCAGAUUCCAACUCCCGUGAACCGUACCGUCAAAGAGUCUUCCAUGCCCUCCACGCCCACCACGCCCUCCACACCCACUGCCAGACCCGAGCCCGGCAGUAGCGGAGUCCUUGGUGGGAGCUCCGGUUCUCGUGUGCUGCUGUGGAGGUUCCUGCUGGAUCUGCUGCACAAUCCUCUCUACACACCCAUGUACAUCCGCUGGCUUGACAGGGCUGGUGGUGUCUUCAGGAUUAUGGAGUCGGACAUGGUGGCCCAGCUGUGGGGCAUGGCGCGGAAAAAUCAGAACAUGAACUAUGAGAAGAUGUCGCGAGGCAUGAGGACGUACUACAAGCGUGGCAUCCUCUUCCACAUCGACGGCACGAAGCUCAUCUACAGAUUCAAUACAAAUGAUCCAGAGAUUGAACAGAGGAUGCGAUACUACGACCUGACGCAAGCCAGCUCUGAGGGCGAGGUCUCCAGUGAGCAGAACACCUUGUCCAGCAUCCUCCCGCCCUCCAACCUGGCUCCCCCUACGUCUUCUGUUACGUCAGCGCAAGCAACGGCCUUGGAGAAUAUCUACAGCAACCCGUUGUUCCGUGACAUGGCGCAGUUGCCUCAUAGCCUUCUCUACGAACCCUAUAUCUCCUUCUUCAGGAAAACCUCACACUCAGAGUUGUACUGAGUGGUGCGGGACCUUCCUUCAUCUCGUGGCCACGCCCCUCGCGACCUCUGCUCAAGUAUUCCUCAAGAUGUUUUCCUCUGAGGACUAGAUAACCAAGGCGUCCUUACUCGAUGAGUCCUGUCCUAGUCUUUUGAUAAUAAGAAUAAACGAUUAGUCGAUUUCCAUGCUUACAUUUAUCAAGUAAGUAAAAUAGGGAACGGGAAACAGGUCCUGGGUGGUGACGACACAUACUGAGGCCAUGCAAGAUGCUCCUCCUCCAUUUUGGAGAAGCUAUGUAUGUUUUGAUGGUAAAUGUUUAGAUAUAUUUAAGUAAUGCCGAGGUAAUGAGGCCUUGGCGAGCAUUCACAGAUGAGUGGCGCCCUAUGACUCACUUCACUGGAUUUUCCUUGACUUUUCCUUCCAUUUUCAUCCAUCAUGAUGUCAAAUUUUGCUCUCUCGGUAUAUGCGUUUUCUGUACCAUUUCACAGCAUUCCCAUGAGUACCCUUUGCACUUUUAUUUAGUCCUCCCUUAACUUUCUCUCACCGUAACUUACCCCUUUACUCUCCCUUGUUCGCUACUCCACACUUUCGUUUCGGGUGCCCCGCCGCCAUUGCUCAACGAUGAUCUCCCCACGAAGCUUUUGUUCUCGUAUUACUAUUGUAUGUUUACUUAUAAAGCCACUGUGACCAGCGGGCCACAGUACUCUUAGUGUUCCAGGUGUGACGCGAAUGAUAUGCAGAUGUUUUCGUUAGUGGUGUGCGGACUCUUCCAGGUGGCUGGAGGGAGGUGGAGACUGCAAUACAUAAGUGAAGCGCUGUCUGCUCUCAUUUAAUUGGAUUUUAUGGUCAAGUGAUCGAUAUAUAUGUGCAAUACUAUAAGAAUUUAGGGUUAGUGAAGUAAUGUUAGGUUGCCAUAGCAUGGGACUAGAUUAGGUGAUGAGGUGUACCCGACGUGUUUACCGUCUGGAUGUGAAGUGUUGUGUAAUGCUCCGCGGUGAUGAAUAUGUAUAUGUAAUGCUUACAGUGGUUGUUUUGUAACAGAUCUCAGUAUUAUCAGACAUAUAACUGAUUGCUAUUGUCGAUGACGGUAUUCAUAAUCCAUUACAAUUAAUAGUUUUCGAAGGCAAGUGCCAUUCAGAGCAGACAUGGAGAAGUGCUGCGCCAUUCAGUGCAACAAAAAAUAAUGCGGAGAAGUGAUAUCUGUCGUGUUAUGGGAUGAUGCUUGACCUUCCUUACCACACUGUUUCCUUGUACAAUUUUACGUCUCGCAUUAGUGUUGAAGAAUAUCACCAGAAGUAAUGUUCUUUUGCGCUAAAUCCUUUAUUGUAUUUUUUAAACAUCUUGAAGUAUGGGUCGUGUCGUAUAUUGCACCAUAUUCUGAAACACUUCUGCCCACACCUCGAUUACUUUCAAAAGCUUCUACUUGAAGUUACGCAAGUUUUUUUAAGGGUGUUUUGCUAUGGUAUUAGUGGCAGAUUAACAAAAUUUCUACAUUAUUAGUAGGAGAAGCACUCUUGAGAACCCGACUAAUUAUCUUUGUGACCUUUGAAGUGUCGUGAUGUGAGAGCAAAGCGCUUCAGGAUACGGGUCACUGAUCCUGUAGAGUUACGAGAGUCACCUGUUCCCCUUUCACUGAUUGUGGGGAAUGUCGUGCCUCGGCGCAUCGUUACCUGAAUGAAUUCCGUGUCAUGUUACCAGAGUUGUGUGUUCCUUGUGAUGGAGCCGCUGGAUGAACGCUUCCUUCAGUUAAGUGCUGUGAAGUUUGAAAAUAUGUUCUUUACAGCUUUCUGUUGUUUGUUUCUGGCUUUGUGAUUCUUGUGGCAAAUAAAAGUUUAUCUCGAAAAACCA